UGCUGAUAAUAUAAAUUCAAUAUUUGAAACACGACAGUUUGUAAAUUUUAGUAAAAAAAAGUCCGGAUGGCAUUAACAGAUUUAAGCGCCAAAGUGGUGCUAGUUGAUAUUGAGGGCACUACAACGUCGAUUAGCUUCGUCCAUGAUGUUCUUUUUCCAUAUGCCUCAGCAAAUGCCGAGCAGUAUCUAUUAGAAACGUGGGAAACGGAUAACACAAAGCUAAUUGUCGAGGAAUUGCAGCAGCUGCCACAGUACGAAGAAUAUACUUCAUCUCUAGAUGAGCAGCCAACAAUAGAUGCUAAGCAUAUAGCUGAUUUUUCGCGUUAUCUUAUCGAAAAAGAUUUGAAGGUGACACCACUGAAAACGCUACAAGGCCUCAUCUGGGACAAGGGCUAUGCUAGCGGCGAGCUUAAGGGGCAUGUCUACGAGGAUGUAGCUGUAGCUUUUCGGGCCUGGACUGAGACUGGCCUUCGCAUUGCUGUCUACUCAAGUGGCAGUGUCGCAGCCCAGAAGUUGAUAUUUCAGCACAGCAUAGCUGGUGAUUUGCUGCCACAUUUGAGUGCACACUUUGACACGCGUGUGGGACACAAAAUGCAAACCGAAUCAUACACAAGCAUUGCCGAAUCCCUAGAGGUAGAACCGCAACACGUUCUAUUCCUCACAGAUGCGCCAGAGGAAGCGAUUGCUGCUCGUGCUGCAGGCAUGCAAACCGUUUUGCUAGCACGUCCCGGCAAUGCUCCGCUGGCUGAGGAACACACAAGUGCCUUUCCCGUGAUCGCAAACUUUGUGGCACUGCAAUCGCUCAAACAGCCCUGAAUAAAGACGCUCGAUUCUUAAGUUGAAGAAAA